ACACCCAAAUAUCCCCUCCUUCACAAGCAAAUAUAUACCAUAACAGCCACCUCUCUCAACCUCUAACAAUCUAAAACAGAAUCAAUCUCUUUACUUCCACAUUCACACAACAAUAUCAAACCACACAGAUAGAAGAAAGAGAGGAAAAAACCAGAGCAUAUAGAAAUGGCUACUUCAGUUUCUGCAACUGGGUGUGUUGGCUCCUCCUUCUAUGGAAGCUGGGGAACCUCUAUGACUGGUGAAGAUUACACUGCGCUUGCCAAGUCGACACAAGUUCGUGUGGGAAGAGGAAAGCCAGUCAGGUUGCAACCCAUGAUGAAGAAUGUCAAUGAAGGGAAAGGUAUAUUUGCACCUCUUGUGAUUGUCACUCGUAACAUCGUUGGCAAGAAGCGUUUCAACCAGCUCAGAGGGAAAGCCAUUGCUUUACACUCCCAGGUCAUUACAGAAUUCUGCAAAUCAAUAGGGGCAGAUGCAAAGCAGAGACAAGGGCUGAUCAGGUUGGCCAAGAAGAAUGGAGAAUGGCUGGGGUUUCUUGCAUGAUAAAUUUAAGAAAUGUUCCACAUUUUGUAAUUACCAUGUGAGAGUGUAUCUAUGUUUAAACUUGAUGGUUUUCAAUUGACAGCAGAAUGUAAACUAGGAACUCAUCUCUAGUUGUGAUUUUUCAUUCUUGAGAAAUGGCUGUCUUGUUUUGUUCUUUAGAUACAUGAAAUAGUAUAAAAUUGAAGGAGGUUGUCAUUUACUAUCAAUGGCAGUACAGAGAAUAGAGCAACGUUAUUUAUA